CCCAUACAUACUGAGAUUUAUACCUUUGAAAACAGAAGCAUGUUUUGUGAACUUUUGUAUUACUAUCCAAGUUUAAUUUAUUGAUACAUUUUAUCGUAUUCAAUUAUAAACAUCUUUUUUUAAUUUACUGUAAUAACAAAAUUAAAUUAAAAUGGCUAAAAAAGGCAAAGCUAAAAUCAGCAAAGUAAAGAGGAACAACCAGACGACCAAUAAAAUGAAGAAGCAGGGAAAGUUGAGGCUCCAGAGGCACAGAACUAAGGUCCAGAAGCAGAAGCAGCCAGCACAGCAACAUCAGGUGGAAUACAGUAGUGAGAGUGAUUCCGCAUCCGGAGAUGAAUGGGCAGACAUGUUGGAUGAAGAGGAACAGAAGUACAUAAUGAAUAGGAUAGCAACGCAACCUCAGUUGCUGUCCAAUGUUCCAGAGCAAGACCAGAAAAAUAAAUCAAGAAAAAGGAAGAGAGAAGACAAGGGUAAAAUGCCAAAGCCGGCCAAGUUAGCUAGCAGUGACAGUGGCGCUGAAACAGAGUCCGACACACACCAGGACUCUGAUGAGGAGUCCGAUGUCGAGGAUUCGGGGAGUGAAUUGGAAGAUAAAUAUGAGAAGGAGUUAGCUGAAAGACCAGUGAAAAAGCUGCGACCUCUCCUUCCUAUCAAAACAAAGGAAGGUGUGAUGGAAAGGACUGAAGAAGUGGAAGACACUGAAUCAGAGGCUGAAGAUGAGCCACCAGCGAAACAACCAAAACAAUCACCAGACUCCAAUGGAUCAGACUCGGACUCCGGCAUGGAGGGUACAGCAGAAUCAACGCAGGACGGAGACGCUGAAGUGGUGACUGCAGUGCAGCUGCUAGCCGCGAGGAGGGACAAGCUGCAGCAUGAUAAGCUGAGGAUCGGAGCUCUGUGCUCAUCUCUGUUGGAGCAGCCGGAGAAGAAGCUCAAGAACCUAUACCCAAUUCUGUACCUAAUGGAAGAACGUUUGAAAGAUGGACAGCUGAACUUACCUUCAGUGCGCAAGCUGGCGAGCAUAUCGGCUUGCGAGGUGUUCCGGGACAUCCUGCCUGACUACAUGAUCAGGCAUCAGGACUACUCCAAUGUCAAGUUGAAAAAGGACACGUUAGCGCUGUACAAGUACGAGAAGGAGUUGUUGGAAUUCUACAAGCGAUACCUCCAGCGGCUGGAGAAAGCGGCCACCGUGCUGAGACGAAAGAAGGGAGACACUAGAAAACUGGACGAGUCGACGAGCAGUAUAGCACACAUAUCUCUCCGCUGCAUGUGUGACCUCCUAGUGUCAAAACCAAACUUCAACUACGCCACGAAUAUAGCUCAGAGUGUCAUACCCUACUUGGAUUGUGAGACGAGCGCUUCGGAAAUAGUCACCGAUGCGUGCGGCAAGGUGUUCGUAGAGGAUACUAAGGGAGAUAUCACUUUAGCGAUCGUGCGCCUGAUCAAUCAGCUAGUCAAACGUCGUGGUGACCGCUUGAAGCCAUCGGCUUUAGACUGCCUUCUGUCGCUGAAAAUAAGCGACAUAGACAUGGACGAGCAGGCAGAAAUACAGCACAAGAAGAGACAGGAGGAGAAGAAGAAGAAGCGGAUUGUCAACUUGUCUAAGAAAGAGAAGAAGCGCAUGAAGAAGCUGAAAGAAGUGGAGAGGGAGUUGAUCGAGACGGAAGCGCAAGAGAGUGAGCUCGCGCGCAGGAAACAGCUGACGGAGGUGACCAAGACAGUGUUCCACAUCUACUUCAGGUUGCUGAAGAGCGCGCCUAAAUCGAAUCUGUUGGACGCCGCGUUACAAGGGAUUACAAAGUUCACGCACGUCAUCAACCUGGAAUACUACUCGGACCUGGUGGCCAUCUUGUCCGGCCUGCUGCGCGACGAGCGCGUGCGCGCGCGCAGCCGCGUGAGCUGCGCGCGCGCCGCGCUGGCCGUGCUGGCGGGCGCAGGCGAGGCGCUCAGCGUGGACCCCGCCAACUUCCACGCGUACUUGUUCGCCAACGCGCUCGACGUGCACGCCGGAGCGACCCACGAGGACGCCAAGCUGACAAUAGAAGCGAUCAGCCAGAUAUGCUCGCGAGCGCGCCGCGUGUCCGCCAACGUGCUGCGGGCGUUCGCCAAGCGGCUCGCCGAGCUCGCCGCGCAACUGCAGCCCAACGGCGCGUUGGCUUGCUUGCUGCUGUUGCAACACUUGAUACAGCAAAGCAAGCCGGUAUCAUCCCUUCUUGAACCCGACCCGGAAAGCGGGUCAGGUAGGUACUGCCCGCUGGUCGCGUCCCCGGAACACUGCGGCGCUGACAGAGCUUCGCUGUACGAGCUCACCGCUCUCAGGAGACAUCACCACCCGGCAGUGAGAACUGUGGCUAUUGCGCUGUAUAGUGGUAGUUUACCGCAAGAGUUUACGAAAAUGACACCGAUGAAAGCGUUCGACCAAUACGACGGCUCGCAAAUGGCGUUCAAGCCCGCUGUUCCUCCGCCCAAGAAAAUAGAAGGAAAAACUAAAGUCAAGAAAUCGCAGUCUCACAGCUGGGCUCAGACAGAACUGAAGAUAUUAUGUGAGAAAGUUGAGAGCGAUGUUGAUUUGAAUCUACCUAAAGUGAUAAGUAAAUGUGUAAGAUGAAGUGAAUUAAAAUGUUAGAAAUAUUA